AUGUUCGCUCCAUGUUUGAUUGUAGUAAAAAAAACCGUCGCCUCGAAGAUUACGAUCUCGUGAUAUUGGAAAAGAUUCCCGUAACGUCACAAGAAUCCUGUCAUUUGAUAUGACUAUUUCAAGCUUGUAUCAGUUGGUAAUUCUAAUUUCUACGCCAGCAAUUACUCAUAACGAAUUAUUGAAUCCUCGAAUAGAUAAGUCGAGGUAUUUGGUUUGUUAUCAAUGCAGUUCGAACUCCUCCGAAAUAACGCCUCUGUGUGAUGCCGGCGUCUUCAAAUUAACCAAUCGUUUGGAGAAAUUAACGAUGUCGUUCCAUUGUCCCCCGCGAUGGGACAAGUACUGCUUCACCAGCUUCGUUUGCUCCAAUCAAGGACAUUGCUUAACAACAAGGGGCUGUUCGGGGGACGAAGACGUGGAAAACAACAAGAUAAAAUCCGGCUGCAUUACAUUCGGCGAUUACAACGAAACCUGCUUCUGCAACACCAAUUUAUGCAAUCAUUCCGAGGCUAUAAAUAAUGCGAACGCUAAUUUCUACACCGCAAUGUAUCUGCUUUAUAAAUUCCUUAUCGCCUAUGCGUCGUUUUACUUUGAAAGUGAUGGCAUUCUCACCGGUACCGAAUUUAUCUAA